CACCUGGAGAGAAUGAAGAAGCAAAAUAUAAUUUGGCCAAGAUGAAGCACCGGGCCAUAGGCAUAGGGAGGGUGUGUGAGUUGAACAAGUUUCACAUCAAGCGCGUGAGUAUGAAGUCCAAGUCUGGGAUUCCUAGCAUAAUUCUCGGUGGUAGAAUGAUAUUUAUGCAGCUUGGAUUCUGAACAACGAUAUGUCCCUCGUUCAAUUGCAAAAUGUGAAAAAACGUCAUCGGUGUCAUACCAAAAAGCGCGAGGCAUGCGUUAAAAGUAAAACGCCUGCUGGAACAAAAAGAUAGAGCCAGACAGUUUUUGUCUUGUGUGUGUUUUCAGUGCAUUUCUAGUCGCGCUCGUUUUUCUUACUCACUUAGUUACUCAACUAGAUCGCUCCAGGGCUUUCUUUGGCUUUUCUGUGACUUCACUCUCAACAGAUGAAAAGCAAACAGCUCCAACAGAUUGCCGCAGUGUGGAUCUCUCUCAGUUUUUGGCAUUUGUUCUUGCGCUGGAGGUCGUGCCGUUUUGCGUUAUUGAUUAGAAACAAACGGACUCUCAUUCUGCAUCCAUCGAUAAGUAUGAAGAUGCCAACGCCUUGUCGAAAAAUAUUUCAUCGUCGAGGACUUUUUACGACUCGUAGUUAUACUCUGGAUCGAAAACAUGAGCACCAUAGAGAAUCACCUCAUUUUUUUGACGCAUGUUGUUGCACUUAGUAGAUAGAACUAAGAAAGUGUAAGUUAAAUAUGAAUAGCAGCAGGUAAAGGUAGCGAUAAUAAAGGAGUCAAUUGGAAUUGUGUCUCUAAGGGGAGAGAUGGAGGCAAACGGAGGAGCACCUGCAAAUCGCGGAAUAUGGACAAAUGAGGUUCUUCCGCUUCUCUAUGUAGGCCUUGUGCCUCCCCAGAUGUCGAUCAUACAAGCGAACCUGGAUGAAAUGUUAGACCACCUAACGCCGGAAAGAGGGGUGUUGAGAACUAGGAGCUGAGCUCCUGUGGUAGAGGACUUCUCAUCAGUCCAGAGUAGUAGCUGAUGCGCGUUUGUCUGAGUCUGACGUUAUUUUUAUGUGGCUGAGGCAUAUGGCAAACUACAAGAAAUCGGAGGGAAAAGAUUCUCCACCCAUGGAUGUCGUAAUUAGAAAGAAACAAGCAUGAUUCUACCAUGUGCUGCGCAGGGGGCGGGUGUUGGUUGUUUCAAUGGGUUCACCUGCAGAGUUUGCGAAUAUCGCAUCGCGGCAAG